GGAUGCGGUGUUUUGUUUUGGGUUUGCUUAUAGACUCAGGCGAUGUCGGCUCUUGAGUUUUCGCUCAUGUAGUUUUUAAUUAAAAAUGUCCAAAUCGGCAAAGGGAACGUGUUCUUUAAUCAUUCUGUGAUAUGUGUAAUGGAACUCGUGUUGUUCUGGUACUUUGCUUACCUGCUACAUUCAUGGUGUCUGCAAUGAACCUUAAUAUCGAACUACAUCAAUCACUGAUACAACGGCUUCACUCUUUUAUUUCAAACAUUUAUUCAUGUACUCUUGCUAUCCUCAGCACGUAUGAUCUGAAUAUGGCUCACGACUCAUCAUCUUGUUUACAACAUGACGGCCAUAUCGUUCAUCUUGAAUCAUUCUCACUCAUACCAGAAGCCAUUCUGACAGUCCUGCUCUCUUGCGUUACCCAGCUCUGUUACCAGGUCACAAACAAAAGCUCGGCCAUGAAACCGAAGUGGAGAACCCGCCAAGGAAUCUGCAUGAUCAAUUAUGAUUCAUCCCCGCUAAGCUACUUUCGUGCGCCGAGACGGGCUCUGGGCGUCCAAUCAGCUGCUUCCACGAUGUGGGGAGUCGUGAGACGAACGAGACACCCUCAGGAAUCCGGCCGGGAGAAGCUGCACGCUGCCGGGGAAGAUUGUGCAAGCAAUUGGCUCCUGACUUACGCGGGCUGACUGAUGAUUUUAUCCAUCAUCCAGGAGUGGUUGUUCUUUAUCUAACGAUAUGUAACGUUAAUCGACCAUGGACAGAGUCUCUCCGGGCAUGCCCCACCCCCACCUGUUACACGGAGUAUUUUUAAUCACGACUUAAAGGGCGCUGGGCUGAUUUACAGUGUCGUUUUUUUUCCGGGAUGCGGUGUUGAAAUCUUG